GUUACAUUGUAUCACUCGGACAGGAGAAAGGUAUCUAUUUAUUUAUAAUUAUAAUUUUCUUAUUCGGAAACCGAUUACAUUUCGCAAGGAUAUAGUUAUAGCCACGGAUGUGGGAAAUCGUUGUAUUCACAAGCGACAACCCGCACCGCCAGGGAAUCUUCCUAAGAAAUGGAUUCUGAAUCGCCCUCAACUUUCGACUCGGAGGAUUACUCUCCAUCUGAUAAAAGGAGCAGAACAGUGGAAGAUUUCAACAAAUUCUGCACUUUCGUGUUAGUUUACGCUGGGUACAUCCCUUGCCCCCAGGAAGAUUUGCCUCUCCGGACCAGUUCCAGCCCUCCUAACAGUACAGGCAGCACAGCAGACAGUGAGACCUGGGAUCUUAGCUACAAUGACCUUCCACUCUCCGUCCCUUCCAAAGUUAAGCACACAAAAACUUUAACAGGCUUCAAACGAGCCAAACCCUACUCAUUUCUGAAGCAUCACAAAUCCACUGGCUUUCUGCUGCCUGCCUUCAAUCGGAGGAAGCCUGACAAGAUAAAAAGAAAGCACAAGGUGAGGACAAAAGAGGAGGGCCUGAGGAUAGAAGAAUCAGACAUCGAGGAAACCGUCAAGCAGGAAAUAUCUGACCAGAAUCCAGUGUCCAAAUCAGAAUUCACUGACCAUGAUGCAGAGGACACAAUACCAGCCCCUAUUAUCACAGGGUCCCUCGCCCCUGAACCCCUCGCCCCUGAACCCCUCGCCCCGGAACCCCUCGCCCCGGAACCCCUCAUGGACAUCCCAAGUGAAGGCAAGGAUGGUUCUUGUGUACCAGUCACUGCAACAGAAACGAAGAAUGAGACGAUAGAAAGUGAAAAAGUGGAACGACACAGAACGGUUUUCCGUCAGGGAAAGCAGGUUGUGUUCAGAGAUGUGGAUACAACAGGCAAUGAUGAGGACAUCAUGGUGGAUUCUGAUGAUGACUCCUGGGAUCUGGUGACGUGUUACUGCAUGAAGCCAUUUGCUGGUCGGCCAAUGAUAGAGUGUAAUGAAUGUGGUACCUGGAUCCACCUGUCCUGUGCCAAAAUCCGGAAGUCCAAUGUCCCAGAAAUGUAUGUCUGUCAAAGGUGCCGAGACUCCAAAUGCGAUAUUCGACGAUCAAAUCGAUCCCGGACCGGUUCCAGGAAGCACUUCCUUGACUGAGUUGUCUGAAGUUAGCGUUCUUGGUUUGUUUUGUAUCUGGGAGAGAAUUUUGAGAUGACAAUGAGGCAAAAAAAGCCUUUUAAGACAAAAGAGACUGAUGGACUGGCUUGGAGAUUUCCAUCCAUCCGUGCAAGAAUUGUCUGCUUUUUAAAAUUUUAUCUUUCUCUUCACCUUCAUGAACUCCAAUUCAGAGCCCAAGAGACUAGGGCAAUUAAAUCAAUGAAAGUCUUGGCUAGUCCAGCACAAUUGAGCUUGGGCAUAAGGGGUGAAGUGGGGUGGGAUGUAUGGGCAAAUAUGCUGACUACUGUAAACAACAUUUCCUUUCCCUUCUGAUCCUUCCAUUGGUUAUCAUCCUGACCCCACCAUCUUUGGAGUCUAAAAGACCAAAAUCCACAACAGAAAGCAAGGAUGGCAAUAAUCCUAGAUAAUCAUUCCCAUCUUUUCUCUGCAGUUCUUCCUCAAGCAAACAAAAGGGGCCCAGUGCAAUAGACAAAGCCUUAAAGCACUCUAAAUUUGUCAAAGGGGAAAAAAUAACUAAUAAAUAUAACUAGUGGCCUGGCAUUUAACAGUGCAAUAAAACCAGGUGACGCUGUAAA